UCAUAAUACAGUGUAAGCCUAUGUAAUGCCGUUUAAAACAAAAGAUUGUUUCUCUUUUGCUCGCUGAAGGUUAAUCAAAGACAUGCACACAGGUAACCUAAACCGUUAUCCUCGCGCAUGCACAUAUCUUUGUUCAGACGCGGCAAGUAGAUGCAUAAAUGACGAUCAAUGCGAUCAAAACACAUAUAUACGCAUACUUCCAAAAUGUGAAUAGCAAGAUCAAAUGUUGUUCUUGUAACUCGCCCCAGCUCAGGCAGGGUUGAGCUAAUUGUAGCCUAAUCCUGCCCCGGGGCGUUUGGAGAGCCUUGAGCAAGAAUUCUUGUUCAGCUGUCCUCUGUUAUUCGGGCUGGAACGCUGUGCCUUCAACGCACUCUCACGCUUCAACAAAAAAGGAGCAAGAAAGAAAAAAAGCGAGGCUAAGACACGCCACGAUCGAUCUCAUGUUUUAAAGAGGGCUGAAGAUACAUUUACAGCUAUGUCUUCCAAGGAGGGAAGGAGCAUGUCUCGGCUGUCUUUGACCCGGUCCCCAGUGUCUCCUCUGGCCACUCAGGGAAUCCCACUGCCGGCUCAGCUGACUAAAGUGAACGCUCCAGUCCACAUUGAUGUAGGCGGGCACAUGUACACUAGCAGUCUGGCCACCCUCACCAAAUACCCAGACUCCAGAAUCAGUCGCCUGUUCAACGGCACAGAACCGAUUGUUUUGGACAGUCUGAAGCAGCAUUAUUUUAUCGACAGAGAUGGAGAGAUAUUCCGCUAUAUCCUGAGCUACCUGAGAACCAGCAAACUGCUUCUUCCUGACGACUUCAAGGAGUUCCAGCUGCUGUACGAGGAGGCUCGGUAUUACCAGCUGACGCCCAUGGUGAAAGAGCUGGAGCGCUGGAAACAGGACCGGGAGCAGCGGCGGGCGGCUCAGCCCUGCGAGUGCCUGGUGGUGCGGGUGACCCCUGACCUGGGCGAGAGGAUUGCCAUCAGUGGGGACAAGGCCCUCAUAGAGGAAAUUUUCCCAGAGACAGGGGACGUCAUGUGCAAUUCAGUCAACGCCGGCUGGAACCAGGAUCCAACCCACGUUAUUCGCUUUCCACUGAAUGGCUACUGCAGGCUCAACUCUGUGCAGGUUCUGGAGAGACUGUUCCAGAAAGGCUUCAGCAUGGUGGCCUCGUGCGGCGGGGGUGUGGACUCCUCCCAGUUCAGUGAAUACAUCUUGAGUCGGGAAGACAGACGGUGUCAGACCAGCCACACGCCCAUCAGGAUAAAACAGGAGCCUCUGGACUAGCCAGCUCUUGUGCCAACCAUGAACACCUGAGUCUGCUUUUGAAAAAAAUAAAAAUAAAAUGCCAGCGGACAAAUAGAAGACUUAAUUUGCAAGAAGAGUUUGCUUCAACUCUUUGGACUUGGACUGAAAUCUUAUUAAAUGUAUUUAAUCAACGACCCCAAAUCUGCUCCAAAAAAUGCUUUACAAACCCAAGCAAGCCACAGGAUGGCUUUUCAUCUGCUGACCUCCAGUUGAACUUUUUAGCCGUUUCUUUGGCUUGAGUCAUGAAAAAAGCAUUCAUAGAUCUAUAUUUCCACAGUACAUAUCCAUAUAAGUUCGCCAUUGUAUGUGCAUAAAAGAGCAAAAAGAGGAACUCUACAAGGAAGUUGCGUUCAUGGCGAGCGCACCUUCUGGCUAGAACACUUUCAAAUGAUGCAGCAGUCUGAUCUCCAAGCUCCCGGGCGAAAUUAACCACAAAAUACAAAGUCUGUCCUCUCAUCCAUUUUUAAUCUAGAUAUCUAAUGUUCUCAUUUUCCAGUCUCAUCUAUGUAAAUCAGUUCUUUUAUGACCUACAGGUUUAUUGCUGUUGUCUCACUACAUGAAGGAUACGAGAGCAGUUCUCAGAAGUCAUUUGGUUGUAAGUGCGGUCUGGAUUCGGCCACAUAGACGCUUUUACUUGAGGCAACGUGGCGGCUAAAGCAGACGGUCUGGUAAUGCAUUCAGCGCUGGGCAGAGAGGCUUUUUGUUUGAGCAUGUCUAAAGGGAAACCUGGACUCAUGUGGGAGAGCUUUUCUGAUGGCAUCACUAAAUCCUCUACUUUUUUUUCUUGGGUGCCCGUUUUCUUCAAAACUAGCCCUGAACUAGUCGCUAGUUCAUUAUACAUAAUUGCUUUGAGUAAACGGUUAAAAAGUAAAGAUCUUUUGUAGAUACAGUGUCCAAAACAACAUCUUGUUUAAUGAAGGCACCUUUUGAAAAAAUUAGAUUAGUCAGAUUGUUAAUGAAUGCAGCACUUUCAGGGGGCGAUACUCAGACCGAUUGAGAAGAGGGGAAUUACUGUGCCCCUCAAGGCCUGGAGACGGAGGGGCUACGGGUCAGACUUCUCUCCAGGAGUUAAGGUCACUUUCUCACAAUCCCUUUCACUCACUCUCCCUUAGCAAAACAGAGCCACUCAGAGAGAGACUGAGGGAGAAUAAAUUUGAAAGGUUAACUUGGUGGCUGGUAAACAGACUGAAUUGCAUAAUGUGUUGUAAAAAGGCACAUCUAAUAGGAGUUCUUUGCCUUGCAAUUUCAAACGGAAGGGUCACUGAAAUGUCACAGAUAUGUUGUUAUGCUAAGUGUUGUCUUAACUGGCCAGCGUUUCUUUUCAGAUUUUCUUGAUUUGUUGUACAUAAAGGCUCACGGACGCUUUGCAGGCCCCCCUGAAUGCAACUUAUCAUCUCGCUGCUGCGCAACUGCCAUUUGGUUUUCGAUUUCAAGGACGAGAACAUUAAAAAGACGAUUAUCGGAGAAGCUGCGUCGGACGUUACAUAAAUCUUAGUUUAAAUACUGCUCUAAUGGAUGUUGUGUCAAGAUGUAUAUUGCAGUAUGGUCCAAAUGUAUAUUAUUUAAAUAAAACAUUUUUUGUAAUGGAUUAUUAUUGAUAUGAAUCAUAGUGGUAUGUCAGGCAUGUGUUUAUUUGAAUUGUAACAUUCUUUUUGUAAUCGGUGUUGACAAACAAACUUUUAAU